AUGCUGCACGACUCGACGUCUGAGGCAGAGCUCUCCGUGUUCAGCUCGCAGCCGACGAGCGAGCAAGACGAGAGCGGUUCAACGCUUCCGCAUCGGAAGAAGAGAGCGAAAAGUUGGUCUUCGGAUGCGGGCGAUGGCUGGCCAGCGCCGCGGCUGCCAGAUACGCUGGCGCUCUGCUACCUGGGGUGUCUGCUCCUGAGGGCGCCGACACGGAUCGGUGACUUUGUUCGGUGGGCGAAGGGCGGUAACAUCACGUACAAGCAGGCGGUAAGCAGCAACCGAAUAUUUACCUGGACAGCAUGGGGCUGA